AUGAAAAGUAUAAAGAUCAACAUCAUGGGAGAAUAUUCAGGAGAGUCAAUAUACACGGGGGAUAAUGAACUGAACAAGGACAAAGACAGAACCACUGGAGAAGAGAGAAAUACUCCAACAGAUAUAAAACUGGGACAGAGUGGAAAACAAGUUGAGUCCAACCAUCUGGGAGCAGGGGCGGAAGAUAGAAUAGUUAGGAUUAUAUAUUAUGAAAAAAUGAGAACCCAACGAGCCGUCCUCAAAGGAUAA